AUGGACGAAAGAGAACAAAAUGGAUCACAAGAGUUUGAGAUGCAGGGGAGGGAGGGGUGGCUCAGUGAUGGGGAAGGCAGGUUUCGUCUCACCAACACACCUCCCGAGGGACAGUUUCCUCUACAAAACGGUUCACAUAUUAAAUUCGAGGCGCCCAGGGUGCCAGUUAUAUUCGUACUUGGUGGCCCAGGCAGCGGUAAGGUGACCCAUUGUGACACUCUAAUGCAAGAGAAACGUGGAGUGGUCCAUAUCAACAUGACAGACCUUCUGCAGCAGUAUACUGUCGGCAACGCAGAUAUGAAAGACUUCAACCAGCUGUCCAGCAAGACCGUCACCGAGGUUUUGAUGCUGGAGAUCAAGAUGGCUCCGGCAGCUAAGGCCUACCUAGUGUCUGGCUACCCUAGGAAUAUGCGGGACGUAGUGGAAUACACCAACAAGAUCCAGAUAGUGAGUGGUGUGAUCCUCGUAGCCUGGAGAGAGAAGGUACUGGAGAGGCAGAUAGACUACGGAGCCAAACUAGGCCACGUGGUACUUAGCCUGGCUCGUAUGGAACUCUCCAACUUCUACAAGAACGUCAUACCAGUAGCAGACUACUACGACCAGCGAGGAAUGCUGAUAGCUAUAAAUGGGGAGAGACAUCCGACUGAAGUUUACACAGACUUUCGAGUAGCAGUGCUCAGGUUCCUAGGGUCGCAAGACAAGACAGUGGUGGCGGGGGUGCCCAACGGGGUGGCGCACAUGCCGGACGUGGCGCCCCUUAGUAUGGUGGCGCCCCACACCACCACAGCAUCUGUGUACCAACCUCCAACCAAGGGGUACCCACCUGUUGUAUGGGUCAUAGGAGGGCCAGGCAGCAACAAGUCUACCCUGUGCAGCAAGGCGGUGAGACAGGCGCAGGGAUGGGUGUCGCUGAGUGUAGGCAGGAUGCUGAGGGCAGCUGCUGACGUACAGGAGGGUCCUGUGGCAUCGGACACACAGGAGAUCCGCAAGGCUAUUGUCGCUGGCGACUUAGUAACCCAGGACCCUGUACUGCAGCUUGUAGAGACUCAUCUUAAUACCAACAUGAACGCCCAAGGCAUCCUCAUCGACGGCUUCCCAAGAGACAUAGAUCAAGUCAGAUACUUUGAAGAUAAGUUCAAGCAGCAGCCCAACCUCAUCCUCCUGGACUGCUCCAAGCUGCAGCUAGGCAGAGGCAGGCUGGACGACAGCAUCGCCGCCUUCAGGAGAAGACUGGAACUGUUCAGGGAGAAGACUCUACCAAUGCUCAAAACAAUGGAUAAUGAGAACCGACUUAGCAUUGUUGAUGGUGACACAGAUUCUCCCCAAGUGCAAGAGGACUUUACCAAACUGGUUCUACAGGAGAUCGAACGUCUAAAAAAGUCCGAGGGUAUGAUUGUACCGGAACCCCCAACCCAGGUCCCUAACGGACACCUUUCCAACCAUCAUGCAGACCACACAGUAAUCCAUGACCUGGAGGACGUUGACGAUGGUCCAGUCCCAGUACAUAUGAACGGCUACGGCCCUGCAGGCCCUCCGAGGGCUAUCACUGAUGUAGCUUCUACAAUCAACAACUAUCACCAGACAAACAUGCAGAAUGGUGGCCUCUUCGGAGGCCCUACACUGGGCCAGAACGGGAACCCGCCCCCUAGAAGACCACCGUCCAGAGAAGCCAUACGGGGAAUGUACGCGAAUGUAGAUCGUUACCCCAUGGAUUCCCACAUAUGAACAUUCUUCAGGGAGCCAGAUGGGAGAGAUGUGUUGGUUAUCACCCCUG